ACGCAGUCAACAGCAAUAGAAGCAGUACUGGGGGAAAAAAACUUACAACACAGGGAAGGCAAGCUUGCUCGAGUAAAUGCCGAAUUUUCCCUGCUAGCUGUGCCCGGAUCCGCGGAAAGUGCGGUUUUCCUCGUUCGCCAUCGAGCGCACUGCUCGUACGCGCAAAAGUGCGGAAAAACGGUUCACGCGAAGUGGUUGAAAAAGUGAGGCAAAAGUUUGCAAAAAAGCGCUUGUGAGGAACGCAUCCCUUGGUUGGGUGAAGAGGGAAGGAGGAGGCAUCACACAGUGUCGCCGCCGUCGCCGCCCUCCGACUGUGUGUACACGCGCGCGUAUGUGUGUGUUUGUGUGUUUGUGAGGAAGAAGCUGGUGCAAAGAAAGAAACAAAAGGGGAAUUCUUCUCGCAAGCGACAGGCGUCUCCCCGAAAAAAAAGUGCGGUUGUGUGUUAGCCAUUAGCUUUGGGGGGUCGCGGUGCGUGUGAGCAUUGCUUGAAGCAAGGCGCUGCCAACAGACGCAAAUUAGGAAAAGGAAGAAAACGCCGCCUGCCAGGGAGCAGCUAAUCAUGUCAACAAAAGCAAGCGAAGAGGAAUCGUCCUCCCAUCUGGACGAGAGCGACAUUCCGGACGAGUUUAACGAUGAUGAUGCUGACAAGUUGGGAUACUUUCCGGGCAAAACGAUCACGCUGCAGAUGCUGCUCGGUGCGAACGUGCUGCAGCCCGGCAAGGGUGCCAUGACGAUUGAGUAUUUGGGUCAAAAGUUUGUCGGCGAUCUGCUGGCGGACGGGAAAAUAAAGUCCCAGGAAACGGAAACCAUCUUCUGCUCGCCGAGCGCUUGGGCCAUCUACUGCAAGCGCAUCAUCAAUCCGGACAAAAAGUCGGGCUGCGGGUGGGCCUCGGUCAAGUACAAGGGCCGGAAGCUGGAUGCGUACAAGGCGGCGUACUACAAGAAGCAGCAGAAGGAACGCGACCAGAAGGAGGACCUGCCGGCUGAAGAUCCAGUAGAGGAGCUGGAGGAAGACAAAACGGCAAUGGAACCACCGCCGGCCCGGCGGAACAUCGUCUCACACAACACCAUCAGCAAUCGGAACAUCAUGCAUGACUCGAACACACUCAUCGAGGCGGUCCCGUUCACCGCGAUCGGCAAGAUGCAACCGUUCCUCGUGACCGUCAGCACCUCGACGCUGCUGGUGAUGGAUUUCCACUGCCAUCUGACCAACUACGAGGUGUGCGGGUAUCUCGGCGGCACGUGGGACAUCAAUGCGCACAACCUGUCGAUCACGCAUGCCUUCCCGUGCCGGAACACGCGGCACGAUCGCGACAAGGCGGCGCUCUGCGAGCUGCAGAUACAGAAGCUGAUGAUCAAGAAGAACAUCAAUCUGGUCGGGUGGUACCAUUCGCAUCCACGGUUCCCGGUGCAGCCCACGUUGCGCGACUGCGACGCACAGCUGGACUACCAGAUACGGAUGCGUGGUCCGACGGAAGCGUCCUACAUUCCCUGCAUUGGAUUCAUUUGCUCCCCGUACGAUGAUCAAAACAGUGCGCUGGAGUCGAACGUGAUGUCGUUCUGGGUGAUGCCGCCGCCGGAAAACCGGCCCGCCGAGUACGGCCGCCCGAUGCUGAUGUCGUACACGCUCGUGCAGGACGAAACGCUCUCCGAGGACGUGAAGGAGGAGAUGAUGCUAACCGUCGACUACUACAAACAGUUCAAGCGCGAGCUGAUCAACUUCCAGUCGCUCUACAUCAACGACGUGCCGUACAUCGAGAAGCUGCGGAAAUCGCUCACACCGCGCUUCCCGCGCGACUCCACCUCGGGCCACUUUUGGAACUGGAUCCGGGAGCUGCUCGGGCUCGAGCCGGAAGACAUCCCGGAGGUGGUGGUCAUACCGGAUCCACCACCACCACCACCAGUUGCGCUGUCCUCCGCAGACCACCAUCACCAUUCGGACGGCACGAAGCUGAACGACGAUGUGACGAUCGUUUCCACGACCCCUGCCUCCAACUGUCCGCCCCAGCCGGUGGUCGUGAAUUUGGUGCACAGUGCGGAGGAAAGCAGCAUCACGACGGAGGCGAAGAAUGAGGACGAUUUCGACGGUGCUUCCGAGAUGGGCGAUUCGGACGUGAUUUCGCUGAAGGACGACGACGGCAAACCGACCGGCCCGUCUAUUGCCGUGCCAAGCCUGCAGGCACAGUUGAAGCGUCCCUCGGGACUGAACAUGACGCCGUCGCCACUGUCCAGCUCGCUCGUGGUGCUGCCGACCAAUAGCCAGCCGGGUGGCAAUAAUGGUGGACCGGUGACGGCCCCUCAAACGACCGCUACCAACCUCACGAUAAAUAGUGGCGCUGGCACUGGCACUGGUGGUGGUGGUGGUGCGGGGAUGGCAAACAAUCACCAUCUUCACGCAAUGUCACAGCAGCAGCAGCAGGCGUCGGCCGGCGGACAGCAGCAGCACCAGCCGGGUCAGAUGAUGCCGCUCGGCGCGAACUCGCUCACAACCACCAACACAUCGUCGCCGCGGGACAGUCCCAUCACGAUACCGUCGAACUCGGCCAGCCCGGCCAAGUUCGAGAUGCCCGUCCGGGCCAGUCCGUCCCCGGCCAAGUCGGACACGUCGUCGUGCCGUAGCCGGGCGCGCAAUUCGCCCGCCCCCAGCCCGGGCAAGCUGUCGAUCGGUGACAUUCUGGGCAGUGCGGCCGGUGGCGCCGGCGGUGGCAAUCGGGGCAGUCCCACCCUAAGCUCGCUGAUUGGCCCGUCGGCUGGUGGCGGUGGUGGAGCGGGUGGAGCAGGUAGCGCUGGUGCCGGUAGCAACAUUCACGAUCUGUAUGCGGCGACCUUCGCGUCGCUCGGCAGUACGCUGCCCUCGAACCUGCUGUCCCAGGACUAUGCCGCCCUGUUCGGGCAGGGCGCGGGCGGCCAGCAGGGUGGCAAGCGGGGCGACGAGUAUGGCCUGUCCGCGCUGACCGCGCUGGCGCAGGUGGCGGCCGCCUCCGGCCUCUCCAACUCGCAGAUCAACGAAACGCUGCUGCACAGCCUCAACCGUAGCAUAUCGUCCAAGGCGGCCGCCAGUGGAUCGAGCGUGGCGACGUCGGCCGCCUCCACCAUCACCUCCAACAGUGGCUCGUCCGGCGGUGCCAACGCCGCCUCGUCGUCGGCCGGCGGGCUGCCCCCGAUACCGAACAUGAAGGAGUUCAUGCAGCAGCUGGAGAAGGGCAACCUGAGCCUCUUCAUGCAGUCGCAGUACGGCAAUCCGCUGGCCGGUAUGGCGGGCCUCACGUCCGCCAGUCCGGGCACUUCCGGCGCGGCAGCGGGUGGGGCGGGCGGUGGAAGCCCCAGCACGGGCAAAUCGGGCCGGUCGGGCAAAUCGCGCUCGAAGGCGAGCCAGCUGCAGCAGCAGCAGCAGGCGGCGGCGGCCGCAGCCGUCGCUGCCCAGCAGCAGCUGCAGCAGGCACAGCAAGCGCUCCUGCAGCACCAGUCGAUGAUGGAGUAUGCCGACUUUUCGUCCAAGUUCGAUCAGGGCAAGCUGGCCGAUCUGAUGAAAUCGCCCGAGUACUCGCAGAUGCUGCUGCAGCAAGCGCAAGCGCUCGGCAAUUUGGGCAGCGAAAUUUCCAUCAUCAAGAAACCGUCGUCUGGGAAGGGCGGUGGCAGCGCGAAGGACCACUCCGGCGGCCAGAUGGGCUCGAUGGGUGGCGGUGGUGGAGGAGGAGGAGGAGGAGGCGCAGGAGGAGGAGCAAACACGCCCAACUCGUCCCUCUCGACGGCAACGGCAUCGGCCGCCAAGAAGGAGGCCGCAGCGGCGAGCGAACUCAUCACGAAGCUGCGCACCGUGUUUUCGACCGACGCGUACCUGCCGCCCGUCCCGACGACGGCCGACAUUAAUCUGCUGGUGGAGCAGUCGCAAAAGUAUCCGGUGGUGCAGCAGAUCCUCAACUCGGGCAACGUGGACGACAUCCAGGUGCUGCUCAAGGCGCAAUCGCUCUCGAACAACCAGCUCGACUUUGCCGCCUUUCUCAACCACACCAGCGGUGGUGGUUCCGGCGGCGGCGGCACGAAUGGCAACAGUGCGCUCAAUCUCGGCAUGCUGGCGGGUGGUGGUGGUGGUGGUGAUGGACAAUCUCCGUCGGGUAAAUCAUCCUCUUCCGGCUCGAAGGGCGGCGGCGGGAUGAAGGACAGUGAUAUGGCGGCGGCAAUGAAUCCUUACCUGGGCGUACCGAACCUGUCCGCCCUGUUCGAACCGAUCCAACGUAUGGGUGGUUCUGGAGGGGGAGGUAAGUCGGGCGGCAAGGGCGACAAAGCUUCGAAAGCGGCGGCUGCAGCAGCAGCAGCGGCGGCGGCGGCCGCAGUGAGCAGCGGUUCCAUCACCAAUCCGGCCGACAUGCUGAACAGUUUGUUCACGUCGGCGGUCGGUGCUGGCGGAGCACCGCCGAGUGCGGCCGACAUGAACGCGCUGCUGUACAGUCAGGCCGUGGCAGCAGCGGCAGCCGCCGGUGGCAAGGGUAUGCCCGACUUGAACCUUCUGUUCGGUGGUGCGGCAGGAAUGCCAAACGCGGCCACUGGCUCACCGGGCGGUGGUGCCAGCAGUUCCCCGCAAGGAGGGUCCGGUGGAUCGGGCGGCGGUGGUUCGAACAGUGGCGGCAAAGGAUCGUCAGCGGCAGCUGCGGCCGCAGCAGCCGCCGCCGCCGCCAACCUCGACUAUCUGUCCAUGUUCCCGAACUUCUCGGCGGCCGCGGCCGGCAAGAUGCCCGACAUGUCCGCCCUGUUCGCACAGGACAAGUACGAAAUACCGGACCCGCUGUCGAAGGCCACCCUCGAGGCGAACAACAUGUACUUGGCCCCGUCCGCCUCGCUGCUGAAGCUGCACCAGGAAGCGUUCAACUCGAUGCUGAUGAAGCCGCCGAAAUCGUCCUCCUCCUCGACCGCCUCGUCGACGGGCAAGCUGGAGGCGCAAACGCCGCCACCACCGCCGCCGCCGCAGGGCGCUGGCUCGGCCCCUUCGGCGACCGGGGCAUCGCUCGUACCGUCGCCCGGCGCACGCCUCACGCCGACCAAAUCGGCCAGCCGCGAAAGCCCCUCGCUCGGGGGGGCGGGUGGCGGUACGGGCGGCAGCUCCAAGUACAACUUUUCCGCCGUCGAUUUGGCCGUCUCGAGCGUCGUGCCGCUGGCCGCCAGCUCGCCGCUCGGGUCUGCCGCCGCCGAUCUGUCGCGGAAAGCUUCCUCGCAAACGCCACCGGUCGACAUGUCGCGCGCGUCGCCCGCCAUGCCGGGCACUGCUGCUGCCAGCAACACCGCCGGGUCGGGCACAACGUCACCGGGGGGCGGUAGCGGCAGUGGCGGCAUGAUACUGCCACCGUACAAGAAGCGGAUGGAGUUUGCGUCGAUUGCGGAUCUCGUGGCGGCACCGCCGGCCAAGAUACCGAAAAUGUCCACCGAAAAUUUGGACCCGUGAGGAGGAGAUGGUGUCGAGAGACCGGCGGGCACUAUUUAUUUUGGCCAAGCAUGAAAAGGGAAGAGCGAGAGAAAAAGAGAGACAGAGAGAAGAUAACGGUAGGCGAAUCGGGUAUGAUUUCUAUUUUAUUUUCUAAUUUUAACAAUUACUGCAGCGGGGUGGUAGAGGUGUGUGCCAGGAUUGCAGGAGGAGAAAAAUGGUGGGCAAAAGAGAAUAAUAUAUCAUUAGGGUGGGCAACACGCCAACAUUACUUAGCAGCUUUUUUAAGGUGGUCUUCAGCUUGUUUGGGGGAACUUGAUGGAAAGCGUUCGUUCGCGCCAUCUGCGCCUACUUAGGAGCGUGUGACGAGUAAGGAAUAGUAACUCUCUUUCGCUCGCUCUCUCUCUCCAUCCUCCAAAAUCAUCUCAUCGAGCAAUUAAAGCCCUCCCACAACGAGCAUUGAAUCUCAUAUAAGUAGGCCGCAAUGAAUAGCACACAGUAACAAACAGAAAACAACUAGAAACCCCACGAUUCUGUUGAUUGUGGUGGGAUGAUUUGAAUCAUAUAUAAGCAACAGUAUAUAUAAACCCCUUAAACACACACACAUAAACCCCUAUAUAUAUUUUUUAGCUAUAUCAAGAUGAUACUAUGAUACUGAUAAGCAGUGUAUCGUGCUUAGGUGGCAGCAGCAGCUAGCAGGUUAGGAUAAGGCGAGAAGGAAAGCGCACUAAAUUAAAUAAGGCACUGUAGUAGAAGGCACAAUACUGGAACCUCCCUCCAAGGGACAACCCGCAAAACAUUACAAAAGCAUACACAAUACUAAUCUAGUAGGCGAAAGUGCGCAGCAAACGACCGUUGUGAAGGCCGAGGGGAGGAUAUUCGGUACGAGCAGCACAGCCCAUCUCAUUGUACACUGUUGCAAGGUGUAGUUUAGAGUUGCUCCAUAGAAAGAGUCCUCCUCUCGAGCAGCAAAUCAUCAAUCAUGUACCGGGGAGCGCGAGGAAGCCAACCACCCAUCCAACACUCUUCCGGGAGCGUAAAACAAGUAUUAGAAGAAUAACAAUAAAUACCUUAAUAGUAUUUUAUGUGUGUGAUCAUCGUAA